UUAUGUGCUUCUUUCUGCCAAUGAUUUUACAAGUACAACUACAAGCUGGGGCGAGAUUGGUAAAGGUUUGUAACUUGCAGAAGUCCAUUCCUCAUGAUGGCGGACAUUCUAAUUCAGCUCCUGGCUCUAGUAGUAGUUGUGGUACUGGUGUUACAGUUAUGUUGUGUAUAAAGAGGAUUAUAGAGACGCUGCUAGGCUUAAGGUUGCAAUUGUAGCUGCCGCAAUGAAUGACAUCGUUGGCAAAGUGAUGACACAUCUGAUCCUUUUGUUGUGGUUGUUCGUGGCAUAUACAUGGUAAGUUCGUUGCCCAUUUAAAGAACUUGAAAUGAUGCUUCUUUCUAGGGCUUUUAGUUGCCAUGGGUUCAAAGGGUUUCUCUUAGAUAUGAAGUAUUUUAUACUGGUUUUUCAGCAUUACAACUAGGGAUUGGUAGUUUACAAAUUUGAUAAGUUGAAGAAGAAUUAGUUUAGUUGUCUAUUGGAGGUUUGGUACUACAAUGAGAA